GGGGACAUUGAUCUUUCAUCUUAUCUAGAGUUACACCCAUAUUUAUCCUACCUACUUUAAAUCUUCACAAAACCACUGAUCUAUGGGGCUCCAACCUCAAUCAUUACAGGGGCACCAACCCCACAAAGCCAAGCACAGGGGCACCAACGCCAAUCAUUACAGGGGCAUCAACCCCACAAAGCCAAGCACAGGGGGCACCAACCCCAAUCAUUACAGGGGCACCAACUCCAAUCAUUUCAGGGGCAUCAACCCCACAAAGUCAAGCACAGGGGGCACCAACCCCAAUCAUUACAGGGACACCAACCCCAAUCAUUACCGGGGCACCAACCCCACAAAGUCAAGCACAGGGGGCACCAACCCCAAUUAUUACAGGGGCACCAACCCCACAAAGCCAAGCACAAGGGCACCAACCCCUAUCAUUACAGGGGCACCAACCCCACAAAGUCAAGCACAGGGGGCACCAACCCCACAAAGCGAAGCACAGGGGGCACCAACCCCAAUCAUUACAGGGGCACCAACUCCAAUCAUUACAGUGGCACCAACCCCAAUCAUUACAGGAACACCAACCCCAAUCAUGACAGGGGCACCAACCGCACAAAGUCAAGCACAGGGGGCACCAACCCCAAUCAUUACAGAGGCAUCAACCCCAAUCAUUGCAGGGGCACCAACCCCACAAAGCCAAACACAGGGGCACCAACCUCACAAAGCCAAGCACAGGGGGCACCAACCCCAAUUAUUACAGGGGCGCCAACCCCACAAAGUCAAGCAGAGUGGCACCAACCCCAAUCAUUACAGGUGCACCAAGCCCAAUCAUUACAGGGGCAUCAACCCCACAAAGCCUAGCACAGGGGCACCAACCCCACAAAGCCUAGCACAGGGGGCACCAAACCCACAAAGUCAAGCACAGGGGGCACCAACCCCACAAAGCCUAGCACAGGGGGCACCAACCCCACAAAGUCAAGCACAGGGGGCACCAACCCCACAAAGCCUAGCACAGGGGACACCAACCCCAAUCAUUCCAAGGACACCAACCCCAAUCAUUACACGGUUACCAACCCCACAAAACGAAGCUCAGGGGCACCAACCCCAAUCAUUACAGGGCCACCAACCCCAAUCUUUACAGGGGCACCAACCCCACAAAGCGAAGCACAGGGGGCACCAACCCCAAUCAUUACAGGGACACAAACCCCACAAAGCCAAGCACAGGGGCACCAACCCCAAUCUUUACAGGGGCACAAACCCUCAAAGCGAAGCAUGGGCACGAAAGCCCCAAUCAUUACAGGGGCACCAACCCCAAUCAUUACAGGGACACCAACCCCAAAAAGCCAAGCACAGGGGCACCAACCCCACAAAGCAAAGCACAGUUGGCACCAACCCCAAUCACUACAGGGACACCAACCCCAAUCAUUACAGGGACACCAACCCCACAAAGCGAAGCACAGGGGCACCAACCCCAAUCAUUACUGGGGCACCAACCCCAAUCAUUACAGGGGCACCAACACAAUCAUUACAGGGGCACCAACCCCACAAAGCGAAGCACAGGGGCACAAACCCCAAACAUUACAGGGGCACCAACCCCAAUCAUUACUGGGGCACCAACCCCAAUCAUUACAGGGGCACCAACCCCACAAAGCGAAGCACAGGGGCACCAACCCCAAUCAUUACAAUGGCAUCAACCCCACAAAGCCAAGCACAGGGGCACCAACCCCACAAAGCCAAGCACAGGGGGCACGAACCACAAUCAUUACAGGGGCACCAACCCCACAAAGCCAAGCAUGGGCACGAAAACUCCAAUCAUUACAGGGGCAUCAACCCCAAUCAUUACAGGGGCACCAACCUCAAUCAUUACAGGGGCAUCAACCCCAAUCAUUACAGGGACACCAACCCCAAUCAUUACAGGGGCACCAACCCCACAAAACAAAGCACAAGGGCACCAACCCCAAUCAUUACUGGAACACCAACCUCACAAAGCAAAGCAUGGGUACAAAAACCCCAAACAUUACAGGGGCACAACCCCCCAACUUUACAGGGGCACCAACUCCUAACUUUACAGGGGCACCAACCCCAACCUUUACAGGGGCACGAACCCCAAUCAUUGCAGGGGCACAAACCGCACAAAGCGAAGCAUGGGCAAGAAAACCCCAAACAUUACAGGCCACCAACCCCAAACAUUACAGGGGCACCAACCCUAAUCAUUACAGGGCCACCAACCCCAAACGUUACAAGGACAUCAACCCCACUCAUUACAGGGGCACCAACCCCAAACAUUACAGGGGCACCAACCCCAAACUUCACAGAGGUACCAACCUAAACAUUACAGGGGCACCAACCCCAAUCAUUACAGGGGCACCAACCCCACAAUGCAAAGCACAGUGGGCACCAACCC